AUGGCGACAGUGCGCAUCUGUGUGUGCGGUGACGAGGGGACAGGGAAAUCUAGCCUGAUCGCAUCGCUUGUGAAGGAUGUCUUCGUCUCCAACAAGAUCCAAGCCGUCCUGCCCCAGAUAUCCCUCCCGCCGAGUAUAGGGACCCCAGAGAACGUCACUACCACCAUCGUCGACACAUCUGCGCGCCCGCAGGAUCGCAACACCCUGCGGAAAGAGAUCAGAAAGUCCAAUGUCAUACUCCUCGUCUACUCCGACCACUACAGCUACGAGAGGGUUGCGCUCUUCUGGAUGCCCUAUUUCCGCUCCCUCGGCGUCAAUGUCCCUGUUGUGCUGUGCGCGAACAAGUCGGACCUGACGGGAGAUGGCAAUACAGCCCAGGUUGUCGACGAGGAGAUACUGCCCGUAAUGCACGAGUUCCGUGAGAUUGACUCCUGCAUCAGGACGAGUGCCCGGGAGCACCGCAAUGUGAACGAGGUCUUCUUCCUCUGCCAGAAGGCCGUUACCCACCCGAUUGCACCGCUCUUCGAUUACAAAGAAGGCAACCUCAAGCCUGCCUGUGCAUCAGCGCUACGGAGGAUAUUCUACCUGAGCGAUAAGGACCAGGACGGCUACCUCAACGACCAGGAGAUGCAUGAUUUCCAGGCCAAGUCUUUCGAGCGGCCCUUGUCGCAGGAAGACCUGGACAACAUCAAAUUGACUGUCAGCAAGGUGUCGCCCGGCACCAACCUGGAGAAAGGUGUAGAUUUGGAAGGGUUUCUCCGCCUGAAUAGGAUGUACGCCGAGAAGGGCCGGCACGAGACGAUAUGGAUCAUUUUGCGGAAGCACCACUACACUGACAGCCUCAGUCUGGAGGACAACUUCCUCCGUCCUAAGUUUGAUGUCCCCGAAUACGCCUCGGCGGAGCUGAGCCCUGCCGGAUAUCGCUUCUUCGUAGACCUCUUUAUAGCCUUCGACAAGGACAAUGACGGGGGACUCAACAGCGAGGAACUGGCGGCAUUGUUUCGCCCCACACCCGGCCUACCCCAGUCAUGGACCGACGCUUCUUUCCCUUCACCCACAGUCCGCAAUGAAGCCGGACACAUCACGCUGCAGGGCUGGCUCGCACAGUGGAGCAUGACUACCUUCCUUGAGCCAAAGACGACGCUUGAGUACCUGGCCUAUCUUGGCUUCGAGGCCUCGAACCCCAAGGAGUCGAUCACUAGCGCGUUAAAGGUAACCAAGGCACGGAAGCGUAGGAAGCGACCAGGCCGGGUCGAGCGAGGCGUUGUGUUGUGCUAUGUCCUCGGCGCAUCAGGGGCUGGGAAGUCGUCUCUCAUGGACGCCUUCUUAAGCCGGCCCUUUGACGCUCUCCACCGCCCUACCAUCAAGCCCAGGCGGGCUGUCAACAGCGUCGAGCUUCAGGGUGGAAAGCAAUGCUACCUCAUCCUCGAGGAGCUUGGCGAGCUCGAGCCUGCCAUUCUCGAAAACCGCGCGAAGCUCGAUGCCUGCGACCUCCUUUGCUACACGUACGACUCAUCAGAUCCGGACUCGUUCUCCCACAUCGUCGAGCUCCGCCAGAAGUUUCCGCAGCUCGACGAGCUGCCUUCUAUUUAUGUAGCCCUCAAGGCCGACAAGGACAAGACCACGCAGCGCUGCGAGAUGCAGCCUGAUGCGUACACCCACGGCCUGAUGAUGCCCACCCCGCUCCAUGUGAGUGUCACGUGGGAGAGCAUCAGCGAGCUCUUCGUCGCGCUGGCCGAGGCUGCGACGAACCCCAGCUCCGGCUUCCCGAAGAGUGAGGAGCCGCCCCCGGAUAUGACGAGUCUGUAUGUUGCGUUGGGCGCGACCGCCUGCGCCGCAAUCGCGGCUCUGGUGAUAUGGCGGCGCUCGACUGUCGGGUCGUCUGGUUAA